AGGAGGACAGAGAGCUGAGCAUCAUUUACUCUCCCAGAGAAUAUGUAGAGAGAGAGAGAGAGAUUUUAUUUUUGGUGCUAUGCUCUCCAAUUCACGAAGACAGAGGAGAGAGCAGUGCUCUUUGUCUCUUCACUCCGGCAGUUCAGGAGGUUUUAACAUGGGGAACCUAACUGGUAAAGUAUAGGAGGACAUCAUCGCUGCAAAGUUGAAAUCCAAGCAGUGGAGGACAAAUGACGAACAUCAAUGUGACCUUUUUCCCCUCCCCUUUACAUACAUCCGUGUCUGAAGAGAAAUAAGAAGAGGACAUUUAAAAAAGACAAGGUGUUGUGUCCCCAUAAACCAAUGGCUCAGUAUAACUGUUCCUCUCUGCGUCUACCUGCCACCACUCCUGACCAGCUUGGUUGGAAUGUGUCCUGGGCCCUGGGCAACGUCAGUGCUGAUGACAUGGAGAACAUGUGCCUGAAUCUGAGUCAGUACCUGGAGAAGUUGAGAGGCUUCCGGCGGUCGCCUGUUUUCCUGCCGGUUUGCAUUACCUUCCUCAUCAUCUUCGCUGUGGGAGUGUUAGGUAACGUGCUCACCUGCGCCGUCAUCGUGCGCUACAAGGUGAUGCGGACGCCAACUAAUUACUACCUGUUCAGUCUGGCCGUAUCCGACUUAUUGGUCUUAGUCCUGGGUAUGCCGUUGGAACUCUACGAGAUGUGGAGCAACUACCCGUUCCUGUUCGGCGCUGGUGGCUGUUACUUCAAGACCUUCCUGUUUGAGACGGUCUGCUUUGCAUCCAUUCUCAAUGUAACGGCAAUGAGCGUGGAGCGCUACAUCGCCGUGUUAUACCCGUUGAAAGUCAAGCACGUGGCCACGCACACCCAUGCCAAGCGUGUCAUCCUGAUGCUGUGGGUCAUGUCCAUGGUGUGCGCCAUGCCAAACACCAGCCUCCACGGGUUGGCCGUGUUGAGGCCUCGCUUUGGCCGCCAAUACCCCGAGUCGGCCGUCUGCAUGAUGGUCAAGCCCAUGUGGAUGUACAACCUGAUUAUUCAAGUGACCACGGUGGUCUUCUUCCUGAUGCCUAUGCUCACCAUCACUGUGCUGUACCUGCGCAUCGGCCUGCAGCUCAGGAUGGAGAGGGGCAUGCAGGGGGUCGGGAUCGGGCAGGGUUCUGGUCCUGCUCGCCACUGCAGGCACCAGCAGAGGGCGCGCCACAGACAAGUCACCAAGAUGCUUUGCGUACUGGUGAUUGUUUUUGGCAUCUGCUGGGCUCCCUUCCACAUUGACCGUCUCACGUGGAGCUUCAUAAGCUCCUGGACUGGCCACCACCACCUGGUCUUCGAGUACGUCCACGUCGUCUCCGGGGUCUUCUUCUACCUCAGCUCGGCGGUCAACCCCAUCCUCUACAACCUCAUGUCCACCCGCUUCCGGGAGAUGUUCCAGCAGAUCACGUGUCGCUCCGGCCUCUGUGGCGGCGACGUGCGCAUGCUGAACGCCCGUAGCACCCAAAUGACCCUACGUAGUAUCGUCUAUGAGAAGCCACAACAUAAUGGGACCCCAGAGAGAAUCACCCCAGACAGAGAGGAGUAGAAUGUGUACGUAAACCCCCACGGCCAGCAUGUAUAUGGCAAUACAAGCCCUGAUUAGAUAGAGGGUGAUGGGGUGGGGGUACCAAAACAAUGUACAAACAUUAACUAAGAUUGGGUACCAAAAUGAGAAAAUGUGUAGCUGAUUGAACGUGUACAGCGAGAGUUUGGAUGGAAAGCAACAGAGUUGAAGUUGAGCCCUAGACUUUGGAUUUUAAGUGGAAUUCUCACUGGGCGAUACCAAAAUUAACCAGGAUGAGGUACCAAAAUGUAAUUAUUAAAUCGAUCACUGAUUGAAUGUGUAGCAGGUAGGUAUUUAUUGGGAUGACUCAUGUACUGAAGGCAGCUUUGUAGAGUAUACACUAGUUGGCACAGCCACAAAGUCAUGAAAUCAGAUUUUAAACCUAACCCUAACCACCCUGCUAACCUUAUGCCUAACCCUAACAUAUAGCCAAUUUUGACUUUGCAGCCGGCCCAUCUAGUGGAAAUCGCUUAGCUCUGCCUCCAGAACACGACAUCUCAAUAAACAUCAACCAGCGACUGUGUACAGCCAGAGUGAAUAGAGAGAAACAUCAACCAGCGACUGUGUACAGCCAGAGUGGAUAGAGAGAAACAUCAACCAGCGACUGUGUACAGCCAGAGUGGAUAGAGAAACAUCAACCAGCGACUGUGUACAGCCAGAGUGGAUAGAGA